GUUUCCACAUUAUUCUAAAAAAGAAAACGUUUCUACAUGGACUUACUUAAUGUGUUUUCUUUUCAGCUUUUAUUUUAGGUCGGUCCUUCCUUGUGCACCAUGCAGGUGUUUUCCCUUAAACUCACCCGUCGAGUAAAGGUUGCGUUUUUUUUCUUGCUGUUUUUUAUUAUCCUGCUCUACAUCAAUGACAACCUGCAAAGCUCACACCUACCUGUGCCAAAUAAGGACAGACUGACAGGAUCCUCCCUCCCCCAGCCUGUUUCCCCAUUGCCAGGUCUUGUCUGUUCACCUGGUUUUUACACUGAAGAGGAGCUCAAGCCUCACUUUCAGAGGCCUCCCCAAGAUCCCAGGGCACCGGGUGCAAAUGGCCGAGCCUUUGUGCAACACCGUAUGACUCCUGAAGAACGUCGUGAAAAAUUAAAUGGGUUUAACAAAAGCCAGUUCAACCAGUUUGCCAGUGAUCGCAUCUCCCUGCACCGGGAUCUGGGUAAAGACACACGACACCCAGAUUGCCUGGCACAGAAGUUUCAGCGUUGUGGACUCCCAACCACCAGCGUGAUCAUAGUGUUUCAUAACGAGGCCUGGUCCAGUCUGCUGAGGACGGUCUACAGCAUCUUGCACACAGCUCCUGCAGCCCUGCUCACAGAGAUCUUACUGGUGGACGACGCCAGCACAGAUGAUCACCUAAAGACUCGUCUGGAUAACUAUGUGCGACAGCUGAAUAUAGUGCGUGUUUUACGCCAGAGGGAGAGGAAAGGAUUGGUCGCAGCCAGACUGAUGGGAGCUCAGGCUGCAAAGGGAGAAGUCCUCACCUUCCUGGAUUCACACUGUGAAUGCUUCCCUGGAUGGCUGGAGCCUCUUCUAGCUCGGAUAGUAGAUCAGCCUACUGCUGUGGUGAGCCCAAGAAUCGCUUCAAUUAACCUACACAACCUGAAGUUCAAAAAGCCGGUCGCUACACGGCAUUAUUCCGUCAGAGGGAAUUUUGACUGGGCGCUCCAUUUUCGAUGGGAGGUCCUCCCCGAAGCAGAGAAGAAGCAAAGGACGAAUGAGACAUAUCCCAUUAGAACUCCUACUUUUGCUGGUGGCCUGUUCUCUAUAUCUAAAUCAUACUUCGAACAUAUUGGGAGUUAUGAUGAUCAGAUGGAGUUCUGGGGAGGUGAGAAUUUGGAAAUGUCCUUCAGGGUCUGGCAAUGUGGAGGACAGCUGGAGAUAAUUCCUUGUUCUGUAGUUGGGCACAUUUUUCGCGAAAAGAGUCCCCACACCUACCCCAAAGGAGUGUCUAUAAUCACCCACAACCUGGUCCGCCUGGCUGAGGUCUGGAUGGACGACUACAGAUGGGUCUUCUAUCGUAUAAACAGAAAGGCUAACGUUAUUUUUAAAAAGAAUUUAUUUGGAGAUGUUUCUAAACGUCGUAAACUCAGGGAGAAAUUAAAGUGCAGGAACUUCCCGUGGUUCCUGAAGAACAUUGCUCCACAGGUCUAUGAGCCUGACAUCAGGCCAGUCAUGCACGGACAGUUGAAAAACGUUGGCUGGAAGUGCUGUCUGGAUGUGAAGAAGACAAAACGGCUAUGGGGGCCCGUUCCAAAGUUUGAAUGUCACUUUAAAGGAGAAGCACAGCGUUUUGAGUACACAUCACAGCGAGAGUUACGGCUCAGCGCCGCCAAUGGCCUGUGUUUACAUGCAUCCUCUGGAAGAGCUCUGGUGUCUCUUGAACGCUGUCGAUUGAAGGGAAAAGGAACCACAGCAGCGCCUGAGCAAGUGUGGACAUUUACACAGAGAAACCAUCUGAAGAACCUGUCGACGGGGAAGUGUUUGACAAUGUCAAAAGGAAAUGUCAUUGUGACUUCCUGCAAAUACACCAGAGACAACCAGAAAUGGUUCUUCGUCUGACUCUUGUCUUGUACUAUGGAUAUGUGGACAUUUGUUUCAUUUUUUCAAAAAAUACACUACUGGUCAAAAGUUUUAGAGCACACCAACUUUUCCAGAAUUUAAUUGAAAAUGAUGCAGUUUAAUGUCUCAGUGUACUCUGAAAUCAAUGCACAUUUGCAACAUUUAAAAUUCUUUAUUGAGCAUGAUAGUGUUUUGAAAGUAAAAAAAAGAUUCAAAAUCACAUUUUAUGUUGGACUAAAGGACUAAAAAAAGAAACAAAAUGACCAAAAAAAGACACAAAAUGACUUACAAAGACAUGAAAACAAUUCAAAAAUGGACAAAAUAGCCCAAGACUCCAUAGAGUUAAGUUGUUAACCCACUUCUUGUUCCCUGAAAAAGGCCUACUUGUAUAAUUCUGAAAUGUACGUUAUAUUUUGCCUUUUUUUAUUUACCUCUGGCAGUUCACCACUUACCUUUGUACCCUUUCAAGCUGUUGAUUUGACUUUUUUUCAAUAAAAAACUGGAAAAAUUGGGGUGUUCUAAAACUUUUGACCAGUAGUGUAUAUAUCUGAAUAUUAUUUUCCCAAGCUCUUAUGUACAUUCAAAGUUUUAUUGGGUAUUGUAUUUGUUACUCCUGUCUAUACUGUCUGGUAAAAGAUAGGAAAUAAAUCCACAGUCUUUGUAUUGUACAAUGCCAGUUAAAGUUCAGCUGGAGCUAAUAAGAGCCUUCAGCAGUCUCAGUUAACCAAAUCAAGUGACAACUUAUAAGUUACGGUCUUUUUUAGCACAAAGUUCCCUUUUUGUGUUAAUAUCCAUGUCCUGCAAGUCUGAUAGGGAAAUCUCUGUCUGAACAGAAAGAGGGAAUUUUGUGACCGCUGAAUGGAAAAUACCCUCCGGAUCUGGUUACAGCGACUGCAUAAGAGUUUUUCACUGCUUAUGAAACACUCUACAUGACCUACAAAAGAAAAUGAGACAAUUGGCUAUUUCUAUAUAGAUGUUCUUAUGGCAGGUGGAUCGGAAAAG